CCGGCGGCGCAGGGAGCCGUGCCGGCGCAGCCCCGCCGCGCCAUGGCCGCCCGCCGCCUCCUGGGGCUGCUGCUCGCCUCCGCCGCGCUGCUGGGCUCAGGUCACGGGGAUGGCCUAGAUGACUUCAGCCUAGAAGAUGCCCUGGGUGACAUCAGCACCAAGCGCCCAGCCACCCCCAAGGGCCCGCAGAAGCCACCAGGUGGGACAGGAGACUUUGAUUUGGCUGAUUUCUUUGACCCUGUUCCGGAGACUACCACCAAACCAGCCAAGCCGACUGCAAAGCCCUUCCCCAGGCCAGGGAAGCCAGACAACAACAUUUGGGAUGUCAUCCGCACGACCAAGCAGCCAAAAACUACAAAGUCCCCCCCCAAGUAUAAGCCAGGAAAGGAUCCUAUGGAUUUUGACUUGGCUGAUGCCCUUGAUGAUAAGAAUGAUGGGAAAGGUGAUAGGAGGCCAAAUGUAAGGCCAGGUGAAGGGUUCUCAGACGAUGACCUGGCUGGUGUCCUGGAUGGUGGCUAUAGCCCAGACAAGAAGAAAGGUGCUGGGGGCGGCAGCGACAGCAGCUACGGAGCCGAAGCGCCCGACACCGGGACGAUCGCCGGUAUCGCCAGCGGCCUGGCCAUGGCGCUCAUCGGGGCCGUCUCCAGCUACAUCUCCUACCAGCAGAAGAAGUUCUGCUUCAGCAUCCAACAGGGACUUAACUCAGAAUAUGUGAAAGGAGAGAACAUGGAAGCUGUCGUGAGCGAGGAGCCCCAAGUUAAAUACUCAGUGCUGGAAACACAGUCAGCAGAACCACCAAAACAAGACAGUGCGAAGAUGUGACCCGGGGCUAGAAAAGAACCAGUCAGCAGCGAACCGAGACCUCAUGUGCUUGUAAUUUGGCUUUGUAUUUAAUUUGACUCAGAGCUGUUUAAUGUGUGCUUAGGCUUGAACUGGCUUCUUAUUGCUCUAGGCUUUAGAGUUGUAGUAGGUGUUUAUUUUUUGUAAAGAGGUAUAUGUUUACAGCCAAAUAAUCGUGCAGGUUUGAUGUCCACUUGUCUGCAAACCAACAGAAGGUGCUUCAGUAGAGGUCAGCUCUCAAUUAUGGGACAAGGUCUUUUUCAGGGAGCCUGAGAGGACAGAGAAGUGCCUGUCCAUAGCAAUCCAAAGCAAAACAGUCAAAGCCCUUUGUAAAGCACCUCCAGCCAGCUGCUGCCGUCAGCUGUGGGCACCUCAUGUCACUUCUGAAGGCGGUGGGGAGAAUUGCACACGUCCUGAGGGUGGACUGUAGGCCUUAGUGAAGCAUCAUCUGAAAACAAAGUGCCUGUGGGUAGGGCCCCAAGUGGGGCCUUGGAAGGAGGCAGGUCACUCCUUGGUCCAAAGCCAGGAGCUGAGGAUGCUUCACCACCACACAGCACUGGGCUUCUACCCAAGGACCCAAUUCUCAUGCCAAGUCGUAAACAGAGGUAACUGCAGUGUGUACAGUGUUCACUUUUAGCAAAUCCCCAAGCAAUGCUUGGCUCUCCAGAGCAGAAGGCACAAAGCACUACAGCUUGUCUGUGUGACAUCAGAUACUUACAUUGUCACAUGAAAACCCUGCGUGUUUGGAUGCUUUCAAGGACAGGUUCAGAGCUUAUUCCCACUAGAACAACUUACAGAUGUAACAGCAGGUGUCUGUUAAGACGUUUAACACUCACUAUGACAGAAGUUGAGUUUAGCAAGGUGGGAGUCCCCCACUUUCUCCUUUUAUCAGCAACUUUUGAGAGCACCCAAGGCAGAAAAAUGACAUCAGCUUCAUCCUUUGUGCCACCAACUAAGCCUUAAAGAAGGCAGACUCUGCAGAGAGGGUGGCUCUUCCAUCCUUGUCCUGCAUGGGGUUCCUGCAGCUUUCUGGGAAGCUCAGCAGGACCCUGUGCUGCCGCUACCACAGCCCCAAUCCCCCACGAGCACUCACAACCCUCUUCAACCUUCUGGAAACUUUACCAAGGCCUGACCUUCACCAUCCUUCAAUAAUUUAUGCUCCUAAUCCCUCCCUAACCCUUUUUUAUCGCUGCUAAAAUGUGGAUACUGCCACUUGCAGAUACAUUUAUCCAAAUCAAUGAUUGCUUCAAAAGCAUGCUCUCAAGUGAGGGAAAACUCACUUUGCGUGGUGUAAGAGGCACUCACUGUUUAUACAGCAACCUGAAACAUGUGCAUUUUGUACUGUUUUGCAAAUCCCACGUUUUAUGGAUGUGUAAAAAGAAAAAAAAGCCUUUCAGUUUGCUGUACCAAUUCAUUGCUUUCAGGUGGGCACAACUCAGAGCAGGCCUUGCCAGGAGGUGAAUCAGCCUGGGAGCGUUGCUGCCCUAACAGCUCCAUUUGAAAGGAAAUUGCCAAGUAACACGGUUAAGUAUUUUUGCAAUAGCUGCACAAUUCCUUAUGCUCUUUUCAACACUUGCAUUUUUAAAGCCUUACAGUAGCUCUAACAGAACAGCUACAGUGUUUUAUGAGGGAGAUGAGUUUGGGGGAGACAGUGCCUCACAUGAGCUACAACAAUAUUGCUACCAACUGCUGCUGCUUUGUUUUAGGAACAUGUUUGGAUUAGGAAACAAAAAUAUUUAAUUAUUGUCUGCUCAGAAAGUGGAAACACAGGAGACAGAGCUGGGACACACUCUGUGUUUGCUCACUCCCAGAGAGGGAUUCCCACGGAGGAUGGUGGUCUGCAGGAGUCGGCUCGUGGCGUGCAGGAGCUCGGGUGCCCACGCAGCCAAGCUGGUGUCUCUCCCUUGCCAAGCACCAGCACCUCUUUUUCUUUCUUAGCCAAACACAUGUGAAAAGUGUUGCAUGAGAGAUGUUUUUAGCAAGUUGUGGUGGGUGCAGUGUUACGAGCUGGUAGCGGCAACCACGAGGAGCCGCUUGCCUGGCAUACAUCAAGUGACCAUAACGCCAUGUCUGCUGCCCAGGACUGUGUUUUCUGCAGAUGCAGAUCAUCAGUGGUAUGGCAUUUCUGUUCCCCUCCCCUCCCUGUUUGUCUAGUUGGCAGUGCAAUGGAGAGUCCAGUAUUGCUUAGAGAAUACUGCACCUACCCCUCCUUUGGGAAACUUACAGUAGAACAUAGGAGAAGCACGUGGCUGUGUCUAAUUCACAAAUACUGAAGUUGGAGGAAAAUAAAAAACCCAAACCACAAACCUAUUCCACUGAGAAAAAAACACUCAGUUGUCAGAACCCAGAAGUCACUCCUUUCCCCAAGGCCUUUGCUAUGACUUAUGCCUUAGUGUAAUUUCUAGGUAUGUGGAAGACCGUGAAUGCAACAUGAAAGGGAGAACUUCAAAAACUUACAGUAACAGCAUUCAGGAUCUUUCUCUGGGAUUUCAAAUAGGAAAAUAUUGCCAAGUACUGCAGUCAAGGAAUUAAACUUGGUUCUUCUCUUCAAAUCUGGACAGAAGUCAGAGGCUUAAUGUGCUAAAUGUCUGUAAAGGCUCAAAUUGGUUUUUAUUUCAGUCUGUGUCCUUUCCUCAGACCACACUCUGACAAACAGCGAGUUUAAACUUCAUCUGUAUUUUAGGCAUUAGAGCAACUGAGAGGAUUCCUCUGGAUUUCCCUAGUAGUGAUCCAAGUGCUGGAACAAGUGACCCAGCACUGGCCCCUCCAAGUAAUUUCAUUUAAUUAGUAUCUGUUCUUUUUAAAUCUGGAUGUGGAAUUUUAAAGAAUCCAGCACUUGGGUUCUGUGUAUGUGGGAUGGACUUGCUCAUCCUUUAUAAAAAAGGCCAGAAACCACUGGAAAACUGGGAUUUUACUUUCUGAGUCCAAAAACUCAAUAUUCAGCUGUCCUGAGAGUUACUGUACCACCUGUGGAGAUUUUUCCUUAUCGCAGCUCACUGCAGCUUAACUAAAACUGCGUUUAAUGAAAUGAUUCAGAAAAGGAUUUCUCAGUUACAGACAGAACAGAGAAUUGAAAUGAUUUAACAGGCUCUUUUCCUGUUGUUCUACCACUUACUUGCAUUUUCCUUGUAGUUUCUUCAUUAGAGAUUUGGCAAUACUGUAGUACUUCCCUCAGUUUAGAUUCUUCAGUGAGAAUACUCUGACUUGCAUUUCAGAUUUCUUUGGCACAACAAACUUGGUCCUUUUCAUGCCACCCCACUGCUGGACCCUUACAAGUGUUGUACUGUCAUUGUCAGCUAUUUGUCUGGUGUGAUAAAAGUCCAAUUAGUCCAUAAUACCAUUGUCAAUCCUGAAAAGGUAAGAUGAGUCAACAGGCUUUAAAGAUCUGCUUCUGCCACAAAGGAGGUUCAGGAACAAGUGAAGUUCAGCAACAUUGGUACUGUGAAAUCAGAGACUCCUGAAGUCCUUCCUGGAAGCAAGGCCAGCUGUCUGCUGCAGCAGAAGUCCUCUGCACCAAAUGAGGUUGAACAUUAAUGCUGUUAAAAUAAGAUUCACUUUGUUAACGUUCAUGUAAGGAUCCUGGGGGUGAAAAUCAAGAGUUUGGUUGCCAUAGGAGAACACCAAAUAAACCAAGUUGACUGCUAA